CAUCUAAUCAUCCAUUCACAUAUAUACAGAGUAAGAUACAAAAUUUCUCCAAACAUUAAAUGGAUCCUCCUCUUCCUCUUCCUCUUCCACCACCUCCACCAUACACACCAGCCAACCACAUUGUCUUACCAAAACAAGCAAGAAACCAUGACCAUAUUCCAAAGCAACCGAUCCGCCUGCGGCCGAGGAGCAGGACUAAUCCGAUGGUGUGGCUUGGGGCAGUCCUGUGCCUCGUCUUCAGCCUCCUCCUCAUCUUCUUCGGCAUCGCCACGCUCAUCAUCUUCGUGGGGAUCAAGCCGCGGAGCCCGGUCUUGGACAUCCCUGCAGCGACCCUCAGCGUGAUCUACUUCGACUCCCCACAGUUUCUCAACGGAGACAUCACAUUCCUUGCAAACUUCACGAACCCUAACCGGAAACUGGGAGUCAAGUUCGAGUACCUCAACAUCGAGCUCUACUUCUCGGGCAGUUUGAUUGCGAGCAAGGUUGUGGAGCCUUUCAGGCAGAGGGCGGGGGAAGUGCGGCUGAUACAAGUUCAUCUGCUGUCGAGCCUGGUGUAUCUGCAGCCGAAUCUUGCGAUCCGGCUGCAGAAGCAGGAGCAGAGGAAUAGAGUUGUGUACGAUAUCAAGGCGAAUUUUAGAGUGAAGUUUGAGGUGGGAGUGGUGCAUUAUUCUUAUGCAUUGCACGGGAGCUGCGUGAUAGAGAUGACGAGCCCACCCAAUGGCGCACUCAUCACGCGCCACUGCACAACAAAGAGAUGAUACUUUCUCAGUGUGAGUGAGUUGGCUUAGUGGUAGAGUGAUUAAUGUCCGAGACAUGGUCUCAGGUGUAUGCACUAUACAACAUCCUUGCCCAAUGUUUGGACGGUAUCCACUGUCCAACGAAGUGGAGAUCCCGUAAGGGGUGUACGAGCACGGUAGAUCCCUAGGAACAGAAGAGAAUAUUCAAAGCUUAUGUCGAUGCGAGUGGAGAUCCCGUCUUCAGCAACCAGCAAAAAGCAGAGCAUUUUUGGGACUGAGUUGCUUUCUAGUACUACAAUAUAGUACGUCGGGAAGGCGCCUCACUGUGCACAUAUAGUAUGCUUCGAAAUUCAAAAUUUUUGCGUCAUCUAUAACAAGUUGGAGAAAUAGCGGAGGAACGACUCAAGCGUGACAAUUAUUUUCCGAGAUACAAUAACCAUCCAUCAAAAGUUGAACAAGUCUUUCAAGUACGUUAUUACUUGGGAGGAGGUUUGUGGCUUGCUUCGAUAAAUGGACAAGUUGCAAAGAGCAUGCCCUCCCAAAGCUCACAAAGCAAACCUUUAACUAGUAUUCUACAAACGACAUGGGGUGGGCCGUCUCCCACUGUUCUGACCUAAGGCGUGGAUAGGGGGUAUGACCUUGAAGUCGAGAAGAAGCCGUCCAAUGGGAUAUAAGGAAGAAAAACGCAAAAGAUAAGAAAGACGACGAUCUCGAGCAGUCCUACACGGUAAGAUUUGGGUGGUAGCACUUGAUAUUGCAUAAAAAAUCCCAAAAGUAACUAUAAAUCUCAUUAGCUUUCUAUGCCCAAACUUCCAUCUAGUACAAGCUGUGCUAUUAUUUAACAAACUGUUGAUCCUGUUGCUGACAACAUCAACAAUAUGUACUAGUCCAACAAAUGCAUCAACUUUUUUGAGUUACCCAAAAUACAUAU